AUGGUUUACAAGAAUACCAUCGACAAUCGGGAUAUUCGUGGAAGUGGGCGUGUCUAUAUCUACGAGGAUGAACGCAUUCCGCAUUUCAAUAUCACACAGUGCGAAACAGAUAACGAGUCACCCCUCGGGAAAGCAGUCGAUACAGAGUGGCGACAAAGUAAGAUAUUGAAGAAUGACCAAAUUGACUUUGAUGUGGUGAGGAGAUGGAUUACCGUAUGUAAGACUGAACAUGGCAGCAAAUGCAAUGGACACGGAGGAAACAAAUCGCCCGCCAAGAGGUUGAUUGAUGUGGAGAAGGACUGCACCGUUGACGGUUCUACUGUCAAAGAGUACUUGACCCUGAGUUAUGUCUGGGGCAUGGCUGCCCAAUUCAUGCUCACCAAAGACGUGGUUGUAGAUUCAACCAAAGAAGGCUUCUUCGCAUCCUUGGGCACCAAGAUCCCUCAAAGCAUACGGGAUGCUAUGCAAGUCUGCCGAAACAUAGGAGUGCGUUACCUAUGGGUUGAUGCCCUUUGCAUUGUUCAAGAUGAUGACGAAGACAAGAAAGAUCAGAUCGGUUUGAUGGAUGAGAUAUAUGGACGUGCACUGGCUGUGCUGAUUGUCGCAGCUGGAGACGGUGCAGACUACGGCAUACCGGGAAUGGGCGAGAAGAAGCGAGCCCUUGCAUCUUACCAGGAGACUCUGGACGGCAAGAAGCUCAUGACAUCUCUCGCUACCACGACCUUCUCCGCAAAACGGUCACAAUGGAACACCAGAGCAUGGACUUAUCAAGAAUACAUCCUCGGGAACCGGCUCCUGGUAUUCACUGAGACGUAUAUCUUUUUCAAAUGCUCAGAAUCCAUGUUCCGAGACGAUACAGUGGCUCCUGCUCUUGGGCCACUCCCAUCAAUGCCAAUUCAGUCGGAUGACGAGUGGAUUUUGUUCACCCUGAACGACAUCUCAGAAGAUAUGGAUCCAAAAAAAGCGUGGAAGGACUACUACGACGGCUUGCUUGCAUUCUACCUCCGGCGCAACAUGACGUUCGACUCAGAUGCGCUGCCUGCCUUCUCCGGUAUACUCAAAGUGCUCUCUAAAACGCUCGGUCCGUUUUGUUUUGGUCUUCCGAAGAAGUAUUUUGGUCGCUCAUUGCUCUGGACUGAUCCUCAUCACGGUAUCUUCAAAAGGCGGGCAGAUUUUCCAAGCUGGUCAUGGGCAGGUUGGAAGUGGACCUUCGAGUAUUUCGCCGCGGAACGAAGCGCAGUUGGCGCAUAUGGAUACAAGAUGCCCGAGGAAACCGUACCAAUCCAGUUCUUUGUGUUCAAUGACGAUAGCAAGCUCAAGCCGUUUUUCCUCGAAGAGCCAGAAGAGCCUUCGGCGAAGUCGCCAGCUGCGUUCAAAACGGACGAUCUCAUGGAUUUUAUCAGGUUGGCUAAUCAGCAGGCCGUGGCAGAGCCGAACCUCUCUUUUGAAGAAUUUCAAAUGAAGAUGUUGGGAGAUCUUAUGAAGAAGCAGACCCUCAAGCAGCCAGAACCGACGGAGGAGAGCAUGGCGGAAGAGAACGAGCGAGUUUCCAGACUGAUGUCUCAUCUUGAUCCGCCAGGCAACUACCAAGAACUCCACUAUAAGGACUUGAUAUCCCGUCACGAACAUCCGCACCAUCUGAUCGCCUUCUACACGAGUGUUGCAACAUUGAAAGUACCAUACUCAGCACACCAGAAUGUCGAACCUGGCUCAACUCUACCGUACGAUGUACAGGGCCGCAAUGGGGACACCCUAUUUAGUUGCUAUAUCGAUCCCGCGUGGAGAGACAAACAGCCGGAAAGUCUAGAAUUCGUCGUGAUUGGGCUGAAAGAAGGGGGAAAGGCGGUGGUAUUAAUGCUGCUGGAGAAUGUUGGGGGAAUUUACUACCGAGCCAAUUGGGCUUGGAGAUUGUCCCAGCAUCUCAAAAUCAAGGAGUGGAUGGAUCAAAGUCCUGUUCAAAAAUUGAUUAUUUGGGGUUGA